CUAUUCCUCCCCCCACUGACACCAACAAUGGGGCACUAUUCCUCCCCCCACUGACACCAAUGAUGGGGCACUAUUCCUCCCAUUGACACCAAUGAUGGGGCACGAUUCUUCCCACUGACACCAAUGAUGGGGCACUAUUCCUCCCACUGACACCAAUAAUGUGGCACGUUUUUUUCCCACUGACACCAAUGAUGGGGCACGUUUCUCUCCCACUGACACCAAUGAUGGGGCACUAUUCCUCCCACUGACACUAAUGAUGGGGCACGAUUCUUCCCAGUGACACCAAUGAUGGGGCACUAUUCUUCCCACUGACACCAACGAUGGGGCACUAUUCCUCCCACUGACACUAAUGAUGGGGCACUAUUUCACUCCAUAAGACACACUUGGGGGGAAAUUAUUCCCACCACUGUUGUAUGUCCGCAGUCUCUGGUCAUCUCCUGUACUGUGUCUGCAGUCUCUGGUCAUCUCCUGUACUGUGUCCGCAGUCUCUGGUCAUCUCCUGUACAAUGUCCGCAGUCUCUGGUCAUCUCCUGUACUGUGUCCGCAGUCUCUGGUCAUCUCCUGUACAAUGUCCGCAGUCUCUGGUCAUCUCCUGUACUGUGUCCGCAGUCUCUGGUCAUCUCCUGUACUGUGUCCGCAGUCUCUGGUCAUCUCCUGUACAAUGUCCGCAGUCUCUGGUCAUCUCCUGUACUGUGUCUGCAGUCUCUGGUCAUCUCCUGUACUGUGUCCACAGUCUCUGGUCAUCUCCUGUACAAUGUCCGCAGUCUCUGGUCAUCUCCUGUACUGUGUCCACAGUCUCUGGUCAUCUCCUGUACUGUGUCUGCAGUCUCUGGUCAUCUCCUGUACUGUGUCCGCAUUUGUUCAUAGUUUUUUUUUUUUUAACUAUAGUCCGGCCCUCUAACGGUCUGAGGGACAGUGAACUGGCCCCCCUGUUUAAAAAGUCUGAGGACCCCUGG